UUGGUUCAAAAGUGGUUCAAAAAGCCGAAAUAAUACAUGGAAAACAUUUAAUUUUCAGGCUAAUAAAAAUGAGGACAUAUUGCCUUAUUAAUUAUUACAGAAAACUAAUAAAAUAUGGACAAAUACGCGCCUUUUGUAGCAAGCUGGGUGCGGAUCAAAAUGGAAUAGCAAAAAUAAGAAAUAUAGGAGUUUUAGCCCACAUUGAUGCAGGCAAAACAACAACAACAGAAAGGAUGCUGUUUUACUCUGGCACCAUCAGAACAAUGGGGGAGGUGCACCACGGCAAUACUGUGACUGAUUAUAUGGAACAGGAGAGGCAGAGGGGAAUUACUAUUACCUCUGCCGCUGUAUCUUUCCCCUGGAAUGGCUAUCAGAUCAACUUAAUUGACACCCCAGGACACAUAGAUUUUACCAUGGAGGUGGAACAGAGCUUAGCAGUGCUGGAUGGAGCUGUCGUCGUUUUAGAUGCUUCUGCAGGUGUAGAAGCGCAAACAUUAACAGUAUGGCGUCAAGCAAACGGUCACCGCGUCCCUCGACUCAUCUAUCUCAAUAAGAUGGAUCGAUUGGACGCAGAUGUGAAAGCCUGCGAGAGAUCCAUUUGUGAUAAACUGAGGGUCAUUCCUCUGAUGCUGCAAUCUCCGGUGGUGCAUGAGGGCAGGCUUAUUGGUCUGAUAGACUUAAUAUCGCUACAAGAAAUAAUAUGGACAUCUGGUAGAGGGCAGAACUUGACUCGACGAAAACUCACAGAAGCGGACGGAAAGAAAUGGGAACUUGCACUCAGCGACCAUAGACAACUCGUAGACACGAUCUCCUCUCUAGACGAUGAGUUGGCAGAGACAAUAAUCCAACAGGAAUCGCUGGAUAACCUCGAAACCAAGGAUAUACUAAAUGCAGUUCGUAGAUGUGCCAUAAACAUGAAGGCAUAUCCAGUAAUGUGCGGCAGUUCAUAUAAAAAUAUUGGUGUUCAAACAUUGAUGGAUGGUAUUAUAUCUUUUUUGCCGCAUCCAAACGAAGGGAGUAAACUGCAGAAGUUUUUUGGCGGGGAUUUGAGCGCUAGAGCAUUUAAAGUGCAGCAUGAUGAUCAAAGGGGUGUACUGACCUUCCUGAGGCUGUAUAGCGGCGAGUUCAGUAAGGGGCAGAAGGUGUAUAAUAUUGCCAGGGAUACGAGUGAACAGACAGGUUCCUUGUACGUGGCUCUAGCUGAUGAAUAUAAGCCAGUGGAUAAAGUAACAGCUGGCAAUAUCGCCGUGGUCAGUUCUCUUAAGGUAACAAUGACAGGUGAUCUAAUAACAUCAACCAACGCGGCGGCAAGUCGGGCCAAGUCUAGACUUCGGGAAGUGCUAAAAGAUCCGAAAACGGCUGAACAAUUAAUGAUGCCAAGUGCUAAGCAGCGCUUGCAGGCGAUAGAAGAGCCUAGUACUGAUGAAAUGGCCGACGCGUUGCUGGGAAUCGGUACAACAAUCCCAGAGCCAGUAUUCCUCUGUUCAAUAGAACCACCGAGCGCUGCUUAUCAAACGGCAUUAGAUACAGCACUUGCUGAACUGCAGAGAGAGGACCCCAGUCUGAGGGUUACCAGUGAUGAGGAGACUGGGCAAUUGGUGUUGGCUGGUAUGGGCGAAUUACACUUGGAGAUAAUAAAAGAGCGUAUAAUCCGCGAGUACAAGAUCGAAGUAGAACUCGGUCCACCGCAAAUUGCGUACAAAGAGGCGCUGAUUGGUUCAGCCAAGUUCACAUUUAACGUGGAUAGGAAGAUUGGCAGCUCGAGACAGAUGGUCAAAGUGACCAUGUCCGCGAAGAAAGUUGUUGGAGUGCCGCAGAAUAAGAUUUUGAGAUUCGAUAAAACAGCAGAGAGUGCAGCGAAUCUGUCGCACAUCUCGCCGCGCAUCGAACAGGCGAUCCUCCGCGGUGUGCAAUCGGCUGUAUUACACGGACCUAAACUUGGCUGUCCGGUAGUAGAUGUCCAAGCGACUCUUCACUGGCUAGAAGUGGGAAAAGGGACCUCGGACACCACCGUCACAGCCGCUACCGUUCAGUGUUUGAGAAAGGUGUUCGAACUGAGCGGCAGCACACUACUGGAGCCGGUGAUGUUGCUGCAAGUGGUGUGCCCCGAGAGCCACUCUGCGCGUGCGCUGGCCGACCUCGCGCGGCGCCGCGCCACCGUGCAGCACGUGCAGCUGCGGCACACCAACAAGGUGAUAGACUGUCUAGCACCGCUCUCCGAGCUGCUGGGCUACUCUUCCACGCUGCGUUCGCUCAGUUCCGGGCUAGCAACUUUUACUAUGGAGUUCCAUUCUCACCGGGAGAUGUCGCCCUAUGAUGAGGAAAAGGCCAUACGAUCUGUUACCGGCUUUUGAAUAAUUUAUAAGAAAUAUUAUUUAUUAAUGUCUUGAUUUAAAAAUAAGUUCAGAUUCGUAUUAGUAAUAUCAAAUAGUGUCUUAUACAUUAGUAUAAUAUUAUAUUUAUAGGAAGUAAAGUGUAAAUAAAACAAUGCGUGAAACAUAAAUAGUUUAUUGUAA